AUGAAGUCUUUUUUACUAGGACAAAAUUUAAAAGCAAAUACUGAAUAAAGCGAAAAGAAUCUAUUUUAAAGCUAUUAAGAUUGUAAUGAGUUAAGUGUAAUAAAUUAAUAAGAAAAACUUAUAAGGUCUCCAUACAAGCAAAAUCUUAAGAAAUAAUUGUAUCUAUUGGGUAAAAAAAGUGAAAGUCCAGACAAAAUGCAAAUAAACAACAAACUAGAAUCAUUAUAAAGCUAAUCGAUAAAAUUAGAUAAUUAUCCAGAGAGAUGCUAUAUAAAUAGAAUUGUUGAAUAUAAAAUUCCUAAUUAGUUGAGAGAAUCCUAAGCAAACUAGUUGUUAUCUUCAAAAAAAAAGUUAUAUGAUAGAAUAAAUCAUGAUGAGGAAGAGUGUGAUUCUCUGAUAAUAAGGUAAAAAUCUUAUUUAAGACUUACUCCUGAUUACAUUUUCAACAAAAAAAUUCAAAACAUUAUUGAUUAAUAAGAUGAGCAAGCUUAUAAACUACCUUCAAUACACUAAAAUUCAAGAAUUUAAAAUAAUAAAGGUGAAAAUUCAAUAAAAUUUCAGAGAUAUGAUACAUAAAAUUCAAGUAACGAAUACAGUGCUACUAAAAAGUUACCUCAAAAAAAUUCUAACAUAAAUGAAAGAAUUAUUUAGUAAAUAAAUUUAAAAUAUGCUUAAAGGUAUACAACUUUAAAUCCCUCUCUUAAAGAAAAUUCAAAUAAUAGAUACUCAGAUUAUACUUCAUUUAGUAAGUAAAAUAAAAGGAGUUAAUCAAAGCUAAAUUAAAGCUAUAGCUUUGUUUCUAAUCAUUAAAUUGAAAAUAAUAUCCGUUAAAAAGUAUCAAAAUAUUCAUUACAUAAUUAAUCUUACGAUUUUUAGAGCAGCAAGUAGAAGAAUUCACCCACAAUGAAAAAUUACUUAAAUGUGGGUUUAAAUUCUUUGAUAGAUAAUGAUUCUACUAUACUUGAGUUAAUCAAAUUAAGAAAAUGA